GUGCAGGUGGCUUUUUGCCUGCUAUGAAACAGAUUGGGAAUGUGGCUGCAUUACCUGGCAUUGUUCAUAGAUCAAUAGGCCUUCCAGAUGUCCAUUCUGGCUAUGGGUUUGCCAUUGGCAACAUGGCUGCCUUUGAUAUGAAUGAUCCUGAAGCAGUGGUGUCACCAGGUGGUGUCGGAUUUGACAUCAACUGUGGUGUCCGCUUACUGCGUACAAAUUUGGAUGAAACUGAUGUGCAGCCUGUGAAAGAGCAGCUUGCCCAGGCUAUGUUUGACCACAUUCCUGUUGGUGUUGGUUCCAAGGGUGUCAUCCCCAUGAAUGCCAAGGAUUUGGAAGAGGCACUAGAGAUGGGUGUGGACUGGUCUCUCCGGGAAGGCUAUGCCUGGGCAGAGGACAAGGAGCACUGUGAGGAAUAUGGAAGAAUGCUGCAGGCUGACCCCAACAAGGUCUCUGCAAGAGCAAAGAAGAGGGGCCUGCCUCAGCUGGGGACCCUGGGAGCUGGAAAUCAUUAUGCUGAGAUCCAGGUUGUGGAUGACAUUUACAACGAAUAUGCUGCCAAGAAGAUGGGCAUCGACCACAAAGGGCAGGUGUGCGUGAUGAUCCACAGUGGCAGCAGAGGUCUGGGCCACCAGGUUGCCACAGAUGCGUUGGUGGCAAUGGAAAAAGCUAUGAAACGGGACAAAAUCAUAGUGAAUGAUCGCCAGCUGGCGUGUGCCAGAAUUGCCUCCGUAGAGGGACAGGAUUACCUGAAGGGAAUGGCAGCUGCUGGAAACUAUGCGUGGGUCAAUCGCUCUUCUAUGACUUUUCUAACGAGACAGGCCUUUGCCAAAGUCUUCAACACAACCCCAGAUGACCUUGAUAUGCAUGUUAUCUAUGAUGUGUCUCACAACAUUGCCAAAGUGGAGCAACAUGUAGUGGAUGGAAAGGAGCGGACUCUGCUGGUGCACAGAAAGGGAUCAACCAGGGCCUUCCCUCCUCACCAUCCCCUUAUCGCUGUUGAUUAUCAGCUGACUGGACAGCCUGUUUUGAUUGGCGGGACCAUGGGCACCUGUAGCUAUGUUCUUACUGGCACAGAGCAAGGCAUGACUGAGACCUUCGGAACUACUUGCCAUGGAGCUGGUCGUGCGCUGUCUCGAGCCAAAUCUCGACGUAACUUGGACUUCCAGGAUGUAUUGGACAAGCUGGCUGACAUGGGCAUUGCCAUCCGUGUUGCAUCUCCCAAACUGGUCAUGGAAGAAGCACCAGAGUCUUACAAGAAUGUGACAGAUGUGGUUAACACCUGCCACGCAGCUGGCAUCAGCAAGAAAGCCAUUAAACUGAGACCUAUUGCUGUUAUAAAAGGCUAGGAACUGAUAGGGCAGGAGAAACACACCAACAUCUCCAGGCCUUACACAAAACUGACUAGAAGAAGCAUCUUCCCACACCUCUUGGACUCUGUAGGAUGCUCAGAUGUCACAUCCCUGUUCUGGAAACACAACAGUUGAGGAAACCCCUAUUUUUAACCACUCCUAGGCAUAAUUAAUGCCUGCUCCCCCCCUCCCCCCCUUCCUUUUUGUUAUAAGGUGCUCUUUUCUCUUGAGGGAAGGGCAAAG